GCAAAGUCCAAGGAAGAUCAGGCUUAAUCCUAUUGGCUGUUUGUCUGCGCGAGGUUGGAGAUUAAGGAAACAAACAUUGACGAGCGAAAUAAUGAGAAGAGUUUUUAAAGUCGGAGCAGCUACACACGUACAGUUUCUACACGGGUGAUGGACCGGCUUCCUGUAGUGGUGGUCCAUGGGGGCGCAGGCAAUAUUCCAAAAGAGCGAUCAGACAAGUCCCGUUCUGGGGUUUGCUCAGCUGCGCGAGCUGGGUAUGUUAUCUUACAAAAGGGGGGCAGCAGCAUGGAUGCUGUGGUCGAGGCCGUGACCCAGCUGGAGAAUAACCCCAUCUUCAAUGCAGGAUGUGGAUCAGUGCUGACCGCUGGUGGGGAGGUGGAGAUGGAUGCUAUUGUGAUGGAUGGAAAAACUCUGGCUAGUGGUGCAGUUUCUGCUGUACGCAAUAUAGCCAAUCCUGUUCAGCUAGCAAGGCUGGUUAUGGAAAAGACGAGUCAUAUCUGUCUGACAGCACAUGGUGCAAAUCAGUUUGCUCGGGUCAUGCGCAUCCCAGAGGUCCCCCAAGAAUCCCUCAUCACUGAAUACUCCCGAAUGCGUUGGAAAAAGAACCUGGCACCUGCUGCCAACCCUGUGGAGUGCCAAAUGGGAAAGAUGGGAACUGUUGGAGCUGUGGCAGUUGACAUCGAUGGCAAUGUAGCGUGUGCAACCUCUACUGGUGGGCUUCUCAAUAAGAUGGAAGGACGUGUUGGUGACACAUCCUGCAUAGGGUGUGGAGGAUAUGCUGACAAUCAGGUUGGAGCAGUGUCAACCACAGGCCAUGGGGAGGCCAUUAUGACCGUUACACUUGCCAGACUCAUCCUGUUUCACAUGGAGCAAGGUCAAUCAGUAGAGGAAGCCAGCGACUUGGCCCUGGCUUACAUGAAGUCCAGAGUGCAGGGACUGGGCGGUGUGGUGACAUUGGAUCCUCAGGGUCACUGGGCCGCUCGCUGCUCCAGUCUUCAACUGGCAUGGGCUGCAGUCCAGAAGGACACGCUACACUACGGCAUAAACAGCGGGGAGCACUUUACCCAAGGCCUUGAUGAGCCCCACUGACAAAUGGAGGCUAAUCACAAUCAUCUUUAACUAUG